AUGGUCGUCCACGCCACUCCCCCCAGCGUCGUCCACGCCACGCCCGAGUUGACCUGCCUUGACUUCAGCGGCAAGACUAAGUACAACGAUUUCCGCGACGACCUCGUCCGCGACGGUUACGCCGUCGUCAAGGGUGUCCUCUCGCCCGAGAAGGCCUACGGCUACACUCGUGAGUCUUUUCUUAUAUACAGUGCGGGGUUUGCAACCCAGUGCAAGUAUGCCGCGGCUGACACUUUCCCGCCUCUCAUCCGCUUUCGCAGAGGAUAUCCACCAAUGGCUCGAGGAGUUUGGACUCGGCUAUAAGCGUGAUGACCCCUCGACCAUCAGGGAGGAGUGCCUGCCCAUCAUCCACCAAAAGGGUCUCGUUCAGGCCUACGGUGCCCCCCACGAGGUAACUUUUUUCUCCCCGAUCGUCUCGAUUGGCCCGGACUCCGAUCAGACCGCUGACGUGGACCUUGAUCUCGCACAGAGCUUCACCUGGGCCGUCCGAUCCGAGCCCAACGUCAUUGGCGCCUUCGAGAAGUUGUUUGACACCGAGGACCUCUUGGUAUCGUUCGAUGCCAUCAACGUCUCGCUGCCCAACCGCCGUGACUUGCCCGAAGUCAAGCCAUGGGCCCACCAGGACCAAGACCCCGAGCGCCCCGGGUUUCGCUGCGUCCAAGGCUUCGUCAACUUGAACCCCUGCGGCCAGAAUGAUGGUGGCUUGAUGGUCCUCAAGGGUGGACAUCUCGUUUCCAAGGAGUACCACGACCAGUUCCGUGAAGAGGAGCGCGAGUUCAGGUGGACUAACGAGGUAAACCUUUCUUGCCCCACCCGUUUCUCGUCGGAAGCCCGUCAUUUUGCUGAUCAAUACCCGCCUUCCACUUCGCACAGAUGUACUUGUUCAAGGACACCGGUCUCGCAUGGCUGAAGGAGCGAGGCCUUGAGUGGGUCAAGGUCAACUGCGAGCCCGGAGAUCUCGUUCUCUGGGACUCGCGAGCACCCCACUACAACGUCGCUCCUAAGGGCGAGACCGCCCGCUUCGUCGUCUACACCUGCUACGCCCCGGUCCACACUGCGACCAAGGAGGACCUCCUCCAGAAGAAGCAGCUUUUCGAGACGACCAAGGGUCACUCUCACUGGCCGCAAGGAUUCCAGCCUUUCAUCGAGCACUUCGUCGCACCCAAGAGGAAUGGCGAGAACGACCCCCUCAACACCUGGGCACCGAGGAAGAAGCCGGUGCUUAGCGAGAGGGCGUUCAAGUUGACCGGUAUCCCUUACAUCGAAACCAUGUCGGCUUAG